CUUCCAUUGAUAGCAAUUUAUUUACCAUCUGAAGUAAAAAUUCUUGAAAAUUUAGUUUUUCUUGAAAAUUGCAGUUGUCCGUUCAUAAAUAAUUAGAAACAGAUUAUUUACAUAUUUAAAUAUGUAAACAGGUUCCUGUCAUAUCAUCUGUCAUGUUAUCACUUACCGAACAACGCAAUGACAAUUCAUGGAAAACAAAAAAAAACACAAACAUGUGUCAAAUGUAUAUAAAAACAUUGAAUGGGUGAAUUUUUUUCUUUUAAAAAGAGUUGCAUUUCACCGAUGGAACUACAGGAGGAAACAGAUAGGUGUCGUUUAUGUUUUUUAAACGUCACCAAAUCUAUCAAUAUAUUUAAUAAUUCGAUAUUAGUUCCAAGUAUUAUUGAGCCGUUAAAACAGUAUUUUCACGAUGAAGUAACUGAAUCGGAUAUUUUACCAAAAAUUAUUUGCUGGGAAUGUUGGGAAAAGAUUGAAGAAUUUCAAAAAUUUGCUGACGAAGCAAUUUUAUUACGUGAUGAAUAUUUGCAAAAAUGUUUCAGUGACGGUGAAAAAUUCGAUGAUUGUAAAAUCCCAGAUGAGGAAAAAGUUGGAGUUACUAUGGUAUUUGAAAAUGAUGGUGACAGUGACAAAUCAAGUGGAAUAAUGUCUCUGUGCGAAUCAUCAACCAAACAAGAAAACACACAUGUCCAGAUUGAUGAUGAAUUGCACAUCAAUAACUCAAAAGACCUCAUUCUUCCCGAUUUUAUCGACACAUCUUGUGAUAUGUGUUCAUACACGAAUUUCAAAACGUUCAAUGAACUUCGAUUACAUUUUAUGGAAAGUCACGAUUCAAUUGGUUAUGUUAAAUGUUGUGAAACAAAGUUUUCCAGACGGGAUCUUCUUGAAGAACACAUUGAACUGCAUAGCAAUCCAGACCUUUUCAAAUAUUCCUGCGAAGAAUAUUUGGACUUGCAUAAACGAAGUCGAAAACUAAAUCAUGACUGUGAAUUCUGUGGAAAGGUAUUCAAAACGAAUUCAUCACUUAAAAAUCAUUUGGCGAGCCAUUCGAAUGGAUCGCCGGCACCGAAGCCAAAGUUAAAGUUCCAGUGCACCUUGUGUAAGGUUUGGCUUUCGAGCAAAAGCAGCCUGAAACUUCACUUACAAACGCACACGGCUGAAUCUUCGAGAUGUCACAAGUGUAACAAAGUCUUUUCACAUUCAUACGGAUUGGUUCGGCACAUCCGAAUCGUACAUUUCAAUCGAAUCUACCGAUGUCAUUUGUGCAAUAAGGCUUAUAAACGCGGAGAUUCAUUAAGGGACCACAUUGAAACGCAUCAAAAUCACAAAAUUUACAAAUGUACCUUUUGCGAGGAAUCUUUUGGAUGGCGAUCGAAUAUGUAUAAACAUCGAAAACUGGCCCAUCGAAUGGAGUGGCUUGCUGAAAAAAUGGAAAAAGAGUCGGCCAGAAUGAAAGCAUAAUUUUGUAUUGUGAGAAAAUAACGUAUCAGAUUAAGUAACCGUAAAAAAAGUCGUUUUAGUAUUAAUACAGUACAGGUAAUCAUCAAAAUUAAACUGUUUUUUAUUGUAUUUUCAUCAAAUUCUAAGAGAAAUUGCGAACUAACAAAAAUAAA